AAAUAGGCCUGGCCUAGUAUGUUUACUUUGGUUAAAUUGAUUACUUUGCAACAAUUGUGAUAUUUUAUUAGGGCUGUUAAGAAAAUAAGACAAUAUGUUAUAGUUUUACAUAUAUUUAUGUUAUGUUCCUUUCAGUAUAGCCUACCGGUACUUACUUAAAUAUUCUGCCAGUCUAGGCCUACACUAAUUCCUUGUUUCGAUUACCAAGAGAAGGUUGGAAGUUUGUCCUGCCACAGGAUCUGUACCAUCAUAAUGGAAAGUUCAAGAAGUAACUGUGAAAAAGGCAUAACUACAGAUUAUGUGUCAUUUAUCAACAAAGGACUGGAAGAUCAAAUGGAUAUUUACGGAUACCGAAGACAUGUGUGGUUCACAAUAGCCUCUUGGGUGCUUGUUGUUCUGUCAUUGGGUGCUGUCAAACUGAUCUUCUAUUGGUGGCCUCAUAUCCAGCUUUACUGUACAAAUCGUCAAUGUUCCGUGCGGACUGCUGAAAAAUUACUCAUAGUGGAACAUUCUAAAAAUUCAUCUCCUGGCUAUCAUGUUGAAACUGUUAAAACAUUGGUAGAUGGAAUAUUUAUUGAAAAAACUUCAAAACGUGACUUUUCUUCUUGUGGAGAAGGUCUAACUACAGUUGAAAUGUUUGAACUAAAAAAACAAAGAUACAUUUGGGACAAUAAAACGGAAUGCUUUGUAAGGCUCAGCGGGCUGGAAAAGGUUUCUGCUGAAUAUCUACACAAACUUAUUGGGUUAAGCGCUUCGGAAAGAAAAAUAAGAUCGUUGCUCUAUGGGAAAAACGAAAUCACUGUUCCAUUGCAAGGAGUAGUAGAACUACUUGUUUCAGAAGUCUUAAACCCAUUUUACAUUUUUCAAAUUUUCUCUUUCUGCCUAUGGUUUGUUUAUGAAUAUGUCAGUUAUGCCGUCACCAUCAUCACAAUGUCUGCUGUAGGCAUCAUCUUGACUGUCAUUCAAACUAGAGACAACCAGAAGAAACUUCACAGUACGAUUUGCUCAAAAGACUAUGUAUCAGUGAUUCAGACCAACAACAGCAAAGAAGCAGAGCUUUCUACAGUUUCUACAGAUCGGUUGGUACCAGGAGAUGUAAUUGUGAUUCCGUCUCACGGCUGUACGAUGUUCUGUGAUGCCGUACUUCUCUCUGGCAGCUGCAUUGUCAACGAGAGCAUCCUCACGGGUGAAAGUGUGCCAGUGACCAAAAUACCUCUUCCAAACUCACCUUCAGUCGUUUACGACAGUAAUGAUCAUGGUAAACACACAUUGUAUUGUGGCACACGCGUUAUCAAGACUCGGCCCACGAGUAAGAUGGAAAUUUACGCUGUAGUCAUUCAAACUGGCUUCUCCACGAUGAAAGGUGGACUUGUAAGGUCCAUAUUGUACCCAGCCCAUCUCACGUUCAAGUUUGAAGAGGAUUCGUACAAGUUUAUCCAGUUGAUGUCUGUGUUCGCUUGUUUCGGCUUUUUAUAUACUGUUAUUACUAAGGCUUUUCGUGGUGUUCCGACCGCAACUAUUGUUCUCGAAGCUCUAGACUUGGUGACUAUUGUUGUGCCACCGUCGCUUCCAGCAGCAAUGGCCGUCGGUUGUAUAUCUGCGCAGUCUCGCUUGAAGGACCAAAACAUCUUCUGUGUCAGUCCACGGAUGAUCAAUGUGGCCGGCUGUAUAGACUGUGUUUGCUUUGAUAAGACAGGUACAUUAACAGAAGACAAACCUGAACUUUGGGGAGUUGUGCCUGUGGGACAAGAUGGUUUUGACUUCCCCAUCCAAAAUGUAAAUCUUCUGAGACAAAAACAUCUGCUCCAAGCAAUGUCGACAUGUCAUUCCCUGUCCAUAAUUGACGACCAGUUAUGUGGCGAUCCUUUGGAUAUUAAGAUGUUUGAGUGGACUAGUUGGGUUUUAGAAGAAUCGGCUCCUAAAAAUGAAAGAUCAACUCAUAUGGUUGUUCUACCAUCAACAAGUUUUCCUAAAGAAGAACUACAAGAAAUUGAAAUAGUUCACCAGCUUCCCUUUUCCUCUAGUCUUCAAAGAAUGACAGUUGUCACGAGGCUAAAGGGGAAAGAAAAUGAAAAAGAUGAUUCUUGCUUGACUAUAUAUUCCAAAGGUGCUCCAGAGGUUAUCCGGAAUAUUUGCAAUCAUCUUUCAAUUCCUGAGGAUUUUGAGAAGAAGCUAGAGGAAUAUACUGCAAAAGGUUGUCGGGUUUUGGGAAUCGCUUACAAGAAUGACUAUUUAUCUGUCGACCAACUGGUUCGAGAAGAGAUUGAAAAAGAUUUUACCUUUCUCGGACUAAUUGUCUUUGAGAACAGACUGAAGCCGGGAACUGUUGGGGUCAUUAAAACACUUCAAGCUGCGAAUAUACACACUGUAAUGGUGACAGGUGACAAUCAACUAACUGCAGUAAGUGUAGCCAGAGAGUGUGGUAUAGUAGCUGCGAAUGAGGCGGUGUUCUUGGUCACCGUAAUACCUCCGAGAGAUGAUAAACAAGCACAACUUCACUACAAACUUUGUAGAGAAGGGCUAGUGUCUCACAUAAUGCAAACACCACCAUUUGAAGAUGAAAUUGAAUUUGAACUUGCAUCCAAUAAGAAACAUGUAGAAACAGAAUCUGAAAUAACCAAAGGGCAAAGAAAAAUCAGCCAUGAUGAGAUCCUGUCAAAACCAGAUGUGAUAUUUGCUUUAACUGGACCUACUUGGGACUCUAUCCACACAUACUGCCCAGAUCAAGUACCUGCUAUAGUCAAAAGAUGUACUGUAUUUGCUAGAAUGACUCCAGAUCAAAAGCAACAGCUAGUACUGUGUUUGCAAUCCUUUGGUUAUUAUGUUGGGAUGUGUGGUGACGGAGCCAAUGAUUGUGGUGCUCUAAAGACAGCUCACACUGGUAUAUCACUCUCUGAGGCAGAAUCUUCAGUGGCUUCACCGUUCACAUCGAGGAAAUCUACUGUCGACUGUGUCGUCAAGCUGAUCCAAGAGGGAAGGGCAGCUUUGGUUACAUCAUUUUCCAUAUUCAAAUUCAUGGCUGGCUAUAGCAUUGCACAGUUUGUCUCUGUGAUGAUUCUCUACUCUGUGGAUAGUAAUCUGACCGACAUACAGUAUUUGUUUGUGGAUCUGUUUAUCAUUUCCGUGUUUGCCUUUCUGCUCGGCCGUACGGAAGCUAACUACGGACCGUUGUCACCUCGAGCACCAGAGAUGUCAUUGUUGUCACCAGUUACUGUCUCUUCCCUCGUCGGGCAAGUGGUUAUUGUCGUUGUCUUCCAGAUCAUUUGCUACUUUUCUCUCUUACAGCGUGACUGGUUUGACCCAUACAGUUCAACCAAAUCUAAAAGCCCUGGUUGUUUUGAAAACUACGCUCUAUUCUCCAUAUCGUCCAUGCAGUAUAUCAUUUUAGCUGUAGUUUUCUGCAAGGGAGCCCCUUAUCGCAUGCCUUUAUCCAAGAACUGGAGUUUCUGGAUGGUCUCUGUCUGUACAACAUUCUUCAUUUCCUAUCUGAUCCUCUGUCCAAAUCAAUGGCUACAGGAACAGUUUGAACUUGUUGUGCCCAUGGAUGUUAAUUUUAGAAUAUUCUGCAUUGUACUAAGCCUAAUUAACUUUGCCUGUGCUGGGAUCUACGAGUUUUAUGUCUGUGAUGUUCUAUUAUCCAGCAAAUCAAGAUCAACUGAAGGAGUAAAGAAAGAGAAGGAUGUCUAAAGAAAAAAUAUUGAAGAAAAUGAAACACAUUUCAAAAAUUAUAAUUCAAUGAUGUGGUUCAUAGAGCAAAGUCAUGAAUUGGAAAUUGCUCUCACUCUAUACUGCUCAUUAGUUUAACAAAUAAUGAGUAAGUAAUUUAAUACAUUCUGCUGACUAAUAUAUCACCUUAGUUAGACAGUUGCUAAAACUUACUGUAUGUAAAAAUAACACAAUAGAGAACGCAUGUAAAGUAAUCCGGGCAAUGUACAUUUACUAACAAUAAAUUGGUAUACUUUC